ACUUGUUCAAAAAGUAUCAGGAGUUGUCAAGGCUUGUGGUGUCGGAAGAGGGGAAAACGGAGGAGUUUUGAUUUCUUUAAGACUCAGAAAGAAGUUUUGUGAGCGCGCGAGGACUUUUUUUUAAACUGGGAGCAAAAGAGAAGAGAGUGAUUUUUUUUUUUUUUACCCCGAAAGAGGUUGGAACUUUGUGUUUUUGUUUGUUUGUUUGUUUGUUUGCUUGCUUGUUUUGUUUUAUUUUUACUUUCGUUUGGUCGGUCGAGGAAGAGUUUCCCCUCAAACCGGCGUUUUAAAUGUACAACAUGAUGGAGACCGAGUUGAAACCCAAUCCCGGGGGUAAUAACACCGGCACCGGGAACACCGGAGGCGGCACACCGGGACAGAAGAACAGUCCAGAGCGCGUAAAGAGGCCCAUGAACGCGUUCAUGGUGUGGUCCCGCGGUCAGCGGCGGAAAAUGGCGCAAGAGAACCCGAAGAUGCACAACUCAGAGAUCAGUAAGAGGCUGGGCGCUGAGUGGAAGCUGCUGUCCGAGUCUGAGAAGCGGCCGUUCAUUGACGAGGCCAAGCGGCUGCGCGCUCUGCACAUGAAGGAGCACCCGGACUACAAGUACCGACCGCGGCGGAAGACCAAGACACUCAUGAAGAAGGACAAGUACGCGUUGCCCGGCGGACUCCUGGCACCGGGCGGCGGCGGCGGCGGAAACCUGGGCGGUAACAGCAUGGGCGCUGGCGUGGGCUCGGGCCUCGGCGGCCUCGGCGUCAACCUCGGGGUCAAUCAGAGGAUGGACGCGUACGCGCAUAUGAACGGCUGCUGGAGCAACGGAGGCUACGGCAUGAUGCAGGAGCAGUUGGGCUACGCGGCGGCGGCGAGUCCCAUGCAGCAGCAGCAACAGCAGCACCACGUUCACCGCUACGACAUGAGCGCGCUGCAGCCGUACGGCUCCAUGACGAGCGCGCAGACCUACAUGAACGGCUCGCCCACGUACAGCAUGUCGUCUUACCCUCAGCUCAGCUCCAUGGGCUCAGCUGUGAAAUCCGAGUCCAGCUCGAGUCCACCCGCUGUAACGUCCGCGUCGCACGUCAGAGCCGCCGCAGCGCCCGCACCUGCACACGCACCGCCGCCGCCCUCGUGCCAAACCGGGGACCUGCGGGACAUGAUCAGCAUGUAUCUGCCCGGGGCGGAAGUGGCUGAGCAGACGGGUCAGAGCAGACUGCACCUGUCGCAGCACUACCAGAGCGCACCUGUACACGCCACCACGAUUAACGGCACCAUCCCGUUAUCGCACAUGUAAAUGAACUACUUUUUUGUUUUUCUUUUUUUUUCUAUCAAACUGGACUCCUCUAGACUGGACUAUAUUAAUUUUAUUUUAUUAUUAUUAUUUUUUGUACAGAAUUUUUUUUUCUUGGUGAGGGAAACUUGUAAAGGACUCAAGGAAAAAAGAACACAAGCCUUUCUUUCUUUCUUUCUUUCUUUCUUUCUUUCUUUCUUUCUUUCUUUCUUUUUAAAGAAGAAACGGUAGGAACACCAAGGAAGUUUUUUUUUUAAUUAAAAUCUAUGAGUUUUUUUAUGGAAAUGGAAAAUGGGCAGUGUGUGAGUGGGCUCGGGGGAAAGGGAUAAUAAUCAAUCAAAUGUUUUAUUAUUGCAAUCAACUUUUGUACAGUAUUUAUCAAAGAAACAUAACAAUCAGUUGUAAUGUUUGUAUAAACUACAGUAAAGAAGUUUUUUAUUAAGGAAGAUAAUGACAGAAUUGACACUUAUCAUGCUCCAAACUGUGCAAAAAAAAAAAAAACAGGAAAAAGUGGAAGAGCAGGUCAAAAUGUUUCACCUUGAGGGUUAAAUAUUACUAAACCAUUUUAAUUUAGUUUCAGAUGAUAAACACGUUAAUUUAUAUCUUUUUGUUUAAUCUCCAACCCUCCAUCUGUUAGAGCUCUAAAGUUUGUGUUCUUUAUUUUCUCAUGGUUUUGUAAAUUUUCUGUAUAUUUUACUGUGAGUUUUUAUUUUUAAAAAAAAAAAAUUCCGUAGUUGUAUUUUAAAGAAUUGUGGCCUGUAGGCAGAAGCCAAACACGCGACAUGUACAUAUCUGAACUAAUAGCGACAUAACAGUUACAAUUUCAGCUGAGUUUUUUCAAUAUGCAGUUUGAAAUGAAUAAAUUUUUGAAAUUUGGAUAUUUGAAA